CAAAUGAUUAUUGAAUCCUCCUCCUCUGCUUCUCCAAAAGCAGUAAAUAAGAACUCAAAUACUGAGCAAGACUCAGACUCUAUAGAAAUCAAUGCAGAUAGUAACUCAAAAGAGGAACCUUUCACUAUCGUCAUCUCAAAGAAAUCUAGAAAAAUAACAAAAAAGAGAGAUCAAAGUCAUUCUAAAUCAACUGGAUCACUAAGAAAAAGAGACCUCUCUUCUGACAAUGAAAUGAAGAGCAAACACUAUCAGGAGUAUUAA